UUCCAUCGCCGACUCCAAGACUCCGCCGAACAUGACCGUCGAAUCAACCACCGUCGCACACGGUAACAACGUCGUUCCGAACGGAGACGCUUCCAACGGUAACAUUAUCCCUUCCUCGAAGAAAUCCCGUGAGAGCGACCGUCGCCGCCGCAGGCGGAAGCAGAAGAAGAACAACAAAGCAUCCCGCGGUGCCGAUGUAGAGGAAGCGGACGUUACUGAUGCUUCUGAUGCCAAGGAGAACGCAGAUCCGCAGCCACAAAUUGAGAUUGAGUAUGUUCCAGAGCAGCCUGAGUUCGAUGAUGGCUUUAGCGAUGAGUUUAAGCAAAUCUUUGAGAAGUUUAACUUCAGGGAAUCUGUUACCUCUGAGGACGAUGCUAAGAAGGAUGAAUCUGAGGAGAAUAAAGAUGUGAAAAAGAAGGUUAACUCAGAUUCAGAGGACGAGGAUGAUCAGAGCAAUGAACAAAAAGAAAAGGGCAUCUCUAAUAAGCAAAAGAAGCUUGAACGAAGGAUGAAGAUUGCUGAGCUGAAGCAGGUGUCCGCUAGGCCUGAUGUUGUUGAGGUCUGGGACGCUACGUCAGCAGACCCAAAGCUGUUGGUGUUUUUGAAGUCGUAUCGGAAUACAGUUCCUGUUCCAAGACACUGGUCUCAGAAGCGAAAGUAUUUGCAGGGAAAACGUGGUAUAGAGAAGGCGCCAUUUCAUCUUCCUGAUUUCAUUGCUGCAACCGGAAUUCAGAAAAUCAGACAGGCUUACAUUGAGAAAGAAGACGGUAAAAAAUUGAAGCAGAAGCAACGGGAGCGAAUGCAACCAAAGAUGGGAAAGAUGGACAUUGACUACCAGGUGCUCCAUGAUGCAUUCUUCAAAUACCAAACAAAGCCUAAGCUGUCAGCUCUUGGGGAUUUAUAUUUUGAAGGGAAAGAAUUUGAGGUAAAACUGAGGGAAAUGAAACCAGGGACAUUGUCACAUGGCUUAAAAGAAGCUCUUGGUAUGGCUGAAGGCGCUCCUCCCCCAUGGCUAAUUAAUAUGCAGAGAUAUGGACCUCCCCCUUCUUACCCACAUCUUAAAAUUCCUGGUCUUAACGCUCCUAUUCCACAAGGAGCUAGUUUUGGUUAUCAUGCCGGUGGCUGGGGAAAACCUCCAGUUGAUGAGUUUGGGCGUCCAUUGUAUGGAGAUGUUUUUGGCAUUCAACAGCAAGAUCAGCCCAACUAUGAGGAUGAGCCUAUUGAUAAGAGCAAGCACUGGGGUGAUUUGGAGGAGGAAGAAGAAGAAGAGGAGGAGGAGGAAGAAGAGGAACAAGAAGAGGAGAUGGAUGAAGAGGAACUUGAAGACGGCAUGGAAUCGGUUGAUACAAUGUCAAGUACCCCAACUGGCAUAGAGACACCGGAUGCAAUUGAACUUCGUAAGGAGCAGAGAAAGGAACCCGAUAGGGCUCUAUAUCAGGUACUUGAAGAAAAGGGAGAGAGUGUUGCUCCUGGAACUUUGCUGGCACCCACACACACAUACGUCAUUAAAACUGGUACUCAAGACAAGAUGGGAGCGAAAAGGGUUGAUUUGCUGAAAGGACAAAAGACAGAUCGUGUGGACGUCAGCUUACAGCCAGAAGAGCUAGACGCCCUGGAGAAUGUCUUGCCUGCCAAGUACGAGGAAGCAAGAGAAGAGGAGAAACUACGCAAUAAGCCAGAGGACUUCAGUGACAUGGUCGCCGAGAAUUCGAAGAAAAGGAAGCGUGAUAAGGAAGGCAAGAAAAAGAAGGAUUUCAAGUUUUGAGGAAGCUUCUUAUUCAUGGAAAGAUCACCAUGAACUCUGGAUUCUAGAUAUGAGAGAGAUUCAUUUUCCUUUUGGAGUCUGUUUGGCUUUACGUAACGUUGAGAGAGGAGAUGCAGUAGAAAAUCUUUAGUUUAAAACCCUAAAUGCUGUGGAUUCUAGACAUGUACUGUGUUUUCUGAAGUUAAAAAAAAAACUUGUUUAAACAAAUUCAAAGCCAA